AUGGUACAUUUACACCAAACAUUUCACGAUUUGAGAUAUAAGGUAGAUUAUAAGAUUGUCGAUCUUAAACAAAAGUACUAUAGUUCAAAAAAUAAUCCAAAUAUACUCCAAAAUACAUUGCGCAAUAAGAACAUCAUCACCCUUAGGACAUGUGCCAAUAGUCAGUACAUGCCAAAGCAAGGCGAAUUCUUGGCAUUAGAACCCAAAAAGCUACUUUCGGUUACCGAAGAGAGCUCAUUAAUUCAGUUAGACAGUACUGAAGACUUAGGAGGGAGUGAUCCAACUGAAAUUCAUAAUGAAUACUUUCAUAAAGAGUACAGAUCAAGUCAAACAUACAAUGAGACUGAAUUAGGAUUAGGUUACCCAAGGAAUUCAAGUACAUCUUGUUACUGUAAAUGUCAUCAGUGGAAUAAUGAUAAAGAGAAAGAAAAUAGAUGGGAUACUAGAGAAUGCAUUGGAGACCCUUCGCAGUAUCUGGUGGAUGAGAUACCUAGAGAAAAAUGGCACAAUGAGAGUCAUUUAAUUAAAAACACCACAGAAAACGCCAAACUUUCCGAAUCAACAUUGCGUUCUGAACGUACACCACAUUCCAUGAAGCUAAAUUCUUCGGAUAAUUCUGACUACUCUGACCUCGAUCAAAUUCAAAAAUGUCUCAAUGACGAAGAACGUCAUAUCAUCUUUCCAAAUCUGAUGGACCUUAGUACUUAUUCAUGUCAAGAUUCUUCUUUCAGAAGGGAACCCUCAAACAUAGGAUCUGCGUUUCAGACAGUUGUUUCUAAACUUAAUGAGAUCGGUUCAGGAAAACAAGCCUAUGCUGAAUGCAGAUGCAGUUUAUGUAAUGUCAAGGAAAAAAAAGUUUGGCAGGUUAUUUUUAGUGAGUUAUCACUAUCAGCAGCUAGAGCAUCUUCCGGUUACUCACCAAAAUUAGACCAAGUUGAUAAAAACACGAUUCCUGUUUAUGUGGCUCCAUUAUCAACCAGUUCCGCUACACCACACAAAUGCAUAUUGAGUAAUGAACUUUCAGAUAAGGUUUCUUUAGAUGUUCAUGAGCAUCCUGAAGUAUCAAGUGCUCCGUUCACUUUCAUUAAGCAGAUUACUGAAAACACCCAGAACUCCAAAACUACAGAUUCAGCCUGCCACACAGAGCCAUGUGGCAAAUAUUCAAUGAACCCGAAUAAUUAUAUUUCCGAUUCAAGUUUGCCUUCCUCAGGUGAAAAUUUCAUAUAG